AACGCGUUCAUUGUUCAUAGGCGUUCUUCAUUGCCCUCGAUACCCUUCUAUACCUUUGUUCUAUUCUAUCAGCUUACAGCUCCACGAUCAUCAAGUCUCAGCCUUGUCUACCCGAAGCGUAUCCGGCGGGGUAACGUCUCGAUCACUAUGCCCAUCUUCGCAACCUUCGUUAUGGGCCCGAAAGAGACGUACUUCUUCAACACACCUACACAUUGGGCAUGGCACAAUCUCCCCCCAGAUAUCGAAUCUCUCCUCACCAAAACGCCCGCCAUCAAGGACGUAAUUGAACUAGCACUGAGUGACAAAGGAACCUAUUUCAUCAGCUACCGAGAUCACGACGAUCAGAUACUCUGCAAACAUUACAACCUCCCCAACCCAUUGACGGAGUACCUUUAUGCCUCCCACCCAGCUGUGAUCCGGGACCUCAGCACCCUCAGCAUUACGCUUGGCCCUUAUGAGUCUUACUAUGCAUGGGACAAGACGACUGCGUCUUGGAGUAACUUGCCACCGAGUCUGGAAAAGGUCGUUCUAGCCCGUGUUGAGAGUCAAGAUGCGUGGAAGACGACGUGGAAAGCAAACGGGGCUGAGGCGCCCAGUUUCGUCAGUCUCGGGGCUGAAGGCGCGUAUUUCAUGCGCACGGUAUCAGGAGGUGGGUGCUGGGAUCUAAAAUGUGGCAAGCAAGGGGAUGGAAGGGAAGGCACAGAGGGGAUCAGGGGGACGAAUAAGUUCCUGGAGGAGUGUAGUGAUUUCAGUGGUGUUGCAGGUCUGCAUCUUUUCCCCUCACAUCCAAACGCCGACAUCCUCAUCCUUACAACUGGAAAGGCCUUUUCAAAUCUUCCAGAGUGCACAUGGGUCGACUAUAAUAAAAUGGCGACGGCUCUUCCGUCUUUUGUGCAGAGUAUGCAACCUAUCCCUCCCAUGCCGCAGCAACGCCCGCCUCAACCUCGACUUGUACCGCAACCGCAGAUAGCUCCGCGGGUUCAACAGCAGAGAUUCAUGCAGCCGCAGCCGAUCAUGCAGAUGCAGCAGCCGUAUACUCAGCCAUACGCACAGCCCCAACACAACUGCUGUCCGACCUUCGUUUCUGGAGCACCGCAUAAUUGCUGUCCUCAAACCCCAAUUCAACCAAGGCCGUUCGGCAUGCUACCAGUGUAUGCUACGCCCGUUGCUCCACAGCCGAUGGGGUACGGUGGUGGUGGAGGAGGAGGACAAGGAGGGUUCAUAUACAGAUAAGAUGUUAACUUCGUCGUUCGGAGUUGAGGUACGGGCGAGAUGGAUCAGUUUGGAGUUUGGCGUUAGGAACUUGCAUCUGGGGAUUCGGACGCGGGAUGUGUGGAGAAUCAGUAUAUGACCUGGAUCCUCUACACAUCUUCUGAUGUACCUCAACACAUUUUAGGGGCUUAACGUGAUGAGCGAUAAUGUAGCCUGGAGGGUUUCGCAUUCAUCAUAGCUCUGCAAUAGCUCGAUAACCUUGCGUUGGCUUGUAGAUGUAGACUUUCCCAAUCAAGUCAUCUUGUAGUUCUUCUAUAAUUUAUUCUUUUAUCCAAGC